CGUGCGAAUGGUAGUACUCGCUGCUUGCUCCGGUCUCCACCAUACCCAGUAGUCCAAGAGCCCCAGGCUCUCGAAGAGUAUGCGUGCAGUCCACUCCCUCUCCAUGUAGACUGAGAUCCAGCAUCGCUUAUAAUUGUGAAUACUAAAUGAUUAAAUCAAUAAAUGAAAGACAUUUAAAACAUAUAAACCCUUGUUUAGCAUUACCCAUUCCCAUCCCCCCAGCAGUUGUGUCACCGGUAUAGGAUGGUAGUACCUCACACAUCAGUCUAAUAGCUGCGUGGUUUACCUAAGUGUGCGGGAUAUGCGUAGUGGGAAUACCCUACUCAUCUCCCUCUACACACGAGCAGUUCUCCUCUGGUAACUCGGCCAUUACAGAGGAUAGGGAGGUAAUGUCCACUCAACAGAUAUUACCGGGUGGAUCAAAGUCUGCUAUCGCUCUUCGAAUGUGCUUCUCCCCCGCUUUACUAACUUCGGUACGGAAGCCGGGUGACGACAUCGGUGCACACACACUGUGUGGGCGUGCAUCGAUGCUCCGAAAACGAAAAAAAAGGCUUAAACUCAUGUAACGGCCGACGUGCUAGUGCGACUGUGAACUGUGAUGUGCGAAGAAUAAUUUUGGAAAGGAUUAACAAAGAUAUACAAUAAUUAUUUAUACUUAAUAAAAUAAUUAUUUCAUUUGUUGUAUAUUUAAAUGAACGAUUGAGAGUUCGAAAUUUUUAAUUGCUGUUUGAGUACUGUGUGUCAUUUUCUAACCUCAAUUCGUGAUUUCUAUAAAUGAUUCUGCAACUUAAUUUUAUCAUAAAGCUUAUUUUUUUCACACGUAUACAAAAGGAUUGAACAUUUAAAAUCUUUAAGUUAGCUCUAUGGAAUCCAGAGAAGAAUGUAUUAACUAUUAUUUUCAAAGAGGAUAUACAUACAAAGAAAUUGUUGGUUUGCUGAGAAAUCAUAAUAUAAACAUAACAGUCCGUCACCUACAGAGAAUCUUGAGGAAUCUUGGAUUAAGAAGAAAAGGUAUCAUCGGAAGUGACCUAGAAGAAGUUUGUAGUGCUAUUAUCAGUGAAUUAGACAGUAGUGGAUCAGAUUUAGGUUACAAGACUUUGUGGCGACGGUUGAAGUUAUUUUAUAACCUUGUUGUGAAACGAGAUACCAUCUUAGAUAUUUUACGGAUAGUAGAUCCUGAUGGUCUUGCUGAACGGCUAAGACAUAGAUUAAGGAGACGCAAAUACAAUGUACCUGGGCCAAACUUUAUAUGGCAUAUCGAUGGGUAUGAUAAGCUAAAGCCUUUUGGGUUUGCUAUCCAUGGUGGGAUCGACGGGUUCUCUAGAAAAAUUUUAUGGUUAGAAGUGGCUAGUUCUAAUAACAAUCCAGAUAUAAUUUCUUAUUACUAUCUAAAAACUGUGCAAAAAUUCGAUUUGCUUCCAACUUUGGUAAGAUCUGAUAAGGGUACUGAAAAUUGUAUAGUUGAAUCUCUUCAACAGGCUUUACGAUAUGAUCAUGAAGAUUCUUUAUCUGGAGCAGAUAGUUUCAUCAAAGGAAGAAGUACGUCCAAUCAAAGAAUAGAAGCUUACUGGUCUCAAAUGAGACGGGAAGGUGUUAAUUUUUGGAUUAACUUCUUUAAAGAUUUAAGAGAUACUAAUCUGUUGAAUGAUUCUGACGUAAUUGAAAUAGAAUUUUUAAGAUAUUGUUUUGGGCCUUUACUUAAGUACGACUUAGAAGUUAUCCGUAAAGAGUGGAACUCUCAUAAAAUACGAAGACAGAGAUGUCAGGAGACUGUAUCGGGUAAACCAAAUUGUUUAUUUUACAACCCAGAAAAUUAUGAUGCUACAGACUAUAAGAAAGAAGCUGAUCAAGAUCAUAUUAAAAUAUGUUUGGAACAAUUUAGUAUAGAACCUAAACUCUUUGAUUCCUAUGCUGUAGACUUAGUGCAACUUUUAAAACCUGGAUGUAACCACACCAACUACCAUAGAAGAGGCUUUAAAUCUCUUCAUAGAGCUGAAAGAGCUUAAAAGCAAUUAUGAAGACGUAGAAAAUUAAACUUAAAAAAAAUCAUAUGUCAUUUGACUUUUCACUUUUUUAUAAAUAAAAAUUUUUAGAAAUUCAUGGUUGCCAAUUCAGCAGUAAGAUAAUUUCAUGAUAAAUUAAAAACAAGAUUUGUUCAACAGUUAAUUCAACAGUUUUACCAUUCAGAUCGACAGAUUCGGAAUAUCCUGGCUCAG